AAGUAAAAUCAAAUUCCAACUAAAAAAAAAGGAUAACACAAAAAAAAUAAGAAUAAAUGAUACUUUUGAGUUAUCAUUAAAUAGACUUGUUCAUAAUGACCAUCUUCCAGAAUACAAAGACAAAAGAGAUACAUGCUUAUGGUAUUGA